UGUGGGAGCCCUGCCCAACCCCCUCCUUGCUCCCGCCCUGGCUGCGGCUACCGCUACCUUCCCUUCCGCUUCGCACUCUCUCCCCGCCCCCUCAGAUGUUGCUGCUGUUUCAGUGCGCGCCGGGAGCUAGGAGACUUCGGGGGAGCGGAGCAGCUGAGCACCAUUGAACAUAAAAUGGGUAAAAAGCAGAAUGGCAAAGGCAAAAAAGUUGAAGAAGCAGAACCAGAAGAAUUUGUUGUGGAAAAAGUCCUGGACCGGCGUGUAGUUAAUGGCAAGGUUGAGUACUUCUUGAAAUGGAAGGGAUUUACUGAUGCUGAUAACACAUGGGAGCCUGAAGAAAACUUGGAUUGUCCAGAGUUAAUAGAAGCUUUUCUGAACUCUCAGAAAGCUGGUAAAGAAAAAACAGAUGGUGCCAAAAGAAAAUCUCUCUCAGAUAGUGAGUCUGAUGACAGUAAAUCAAAGAAAAAAAGAGAUUCUGUUGAUAAACCUAGGGGAUUUGCAAGAGGUCUUGACCCUGAGCGAAUAAUUGGAGCCACAGACAGCAGUGGAGAACUUAUGUUUCUUAUGAAAUGGAAAGAUUCUGAUGAAGCAGACCUGGUGCUGGCCAAAGAAGCUAAUGUGAAAUGCCCUCAGAUUGUAAUUGCUUUUUAUGAAGAAAGACUAACUUGGCACUCAUGCCCAGAAGAUGAAGCGCAAUAAUUCUUUGGAUUUUUCCCCUCCCCCCUUUUUAUAUAUGUUUGAUUUUGAUUUAUCAGAAAUGUGGAAAGCUUCAACAUUCUGUUUGAUUAUUUUUAAAAUAAUGUGUUUUGCAUAAAAAGAAAGAAAAACAUGCUAUUUGUUUUGUUUUAUUACAGGAGAGUAUUUGGUACUGCUCCCUGCGCAUUGGGUAAAGUGUUUUAUAAAACUUGAUAGUUAAUAGUAAAUCUUAAUUGCAGGUUGGUCAAACUCACAAGUGUUUUUGUAGCUCUCUAUACAACUGCUGUGCAUGCAUCUCUUCCCCAGUUUAGUCCUUUCAGUCGAUAAGACAUUCUUUUUAGUAUUUGUGGCUACUUGGUUCUAAAGAGACCAGGUAAAAAUUUGUAGUAAGUUGAAAGUGCAGACUGUAUAUUAUUUACUUCAGUGUAAAUACUGGUGAACACUUAUCAAUAAAAUAGUUUUAUAUU